AAGGGCAGGGCGGUGUCUUGCAGUUUCAGUUUGCAGUUAGCUAGCUCGUUGCUUGGUGGUAGGUUGUUGCAAACAAAUUGCCUGCUCGGAUACCCGCCUGCUCUCUCUCUCUCCACUCGGCGGUGUCUCUCCGUGCGUGCAGUCAGCAAGAUCUUGAGUCCUGACGCAACAGAAGAUUCGACAGCGGAGGAGGAAACAUGCCCAAGACAAAGAGGAAGGGCGGCUCUGCUAAGAUCGACCCGCUCUCGCGGGAGCACUUCACCUUCAGAAAGACGGCCUACCAUGGCUUCCCCAAGGAUCGCUACAGCCAUGGCCUUUGAACCCCAUUACAGUCUCCUAUACAUUGGAACCAAGAAUGGGGAACUGAGAGUGUACGGCCAGCCAGGUGUUGAAUUCUCAUGCUACAGCUAAAUCCGAGGCCGCCAUAACCAGCAUAUCCACCUUCACCGGGAGCCACCAGAUCCUCACCGUGGAGCAGUAACAAACACCGUCUAUUCUGGAUGCUCGUAGGAGAGGGGAAUUCCCCCUCGUUGGAGCAGAAGGACUCUCUCACUCUCGAUCCCGAUGGUGGGAAGACGAUUACGCGGUGUUCGGUGCCAGUUAAGUCAGUGGCAGAUUCUACCUGGGCACAGAGGGCGGCAACAUUUUCGUCCUCGAUCUCCGCAAGUUUAUGUUGGAGACUGACAUCAUCUACUGGAACACGGCCACUGCCCUGAUCCAGCCGACAGCAAAGAACCACCUCGGCUCAGUUCGCUGUCUCUCUCUCAACCCUGCCAACCGUCACCAGCUCCUCAUCGGCUACGAGCAGGGCGUCAUCUCUCUGUGGGACCUCGAGAAAGACGUGGCCCUCAGAAACUACCCACAGUCCGUCCAGGAUUGUCAACAGGUAGAGGAGUCCAUUAGCUGGCAACACGAGGGUCAGAAGUUUGUCACUGCUCACUCGGACUCCAGUAUAUACUACUGGUCCACCAGUAGCUCCAUUGCUCACGAGGGUCCCACUCAGUAUU